AUGGACGCCUCCGUCAGAACUCCGUUACUCCACGGUCAAGCCGGGCACACAGACGAUGGUUUACCAACGCCAGCCGCCUACGGACAAGUUCAGGAUCAUCCUGCAUUCCUGAGAGCGUGCCAUUCGCCGUGGCGAUGUCUUCCUCAGAACCUUCUCUGCUGGAUUCGAGGCGGAGUGGUUGCCUACCUGUUCGCAGUUGGCGCCAUGAUUCUCGACUUCAAGCUACGAGAAGAGUCGAAAUACUCCAAUUGGCGUAUCAUCUUCGACUUUUCCAUCGUCACCUAUUCUUCCUUGUUGCUUUACCAUCUGGUAGUACUGGGCUGGACUUACACCCAUCUGUACCACCCGCACAUCGAUGAACACAGCGGCGGUUGGGAGUAUUGGAUUCUGAGACUGGCAUCGCUGCCCUACGACAUGACCAGCCUUCGCAAGCAGUUCUACUUCACGUUGUUCUACACUGUUACCACGGUCUUCACCUUCAUGAACACCGUCAUCUACUGGUUCGUCACGCUGCCGCACAAUGAGAGGUCCAACGGCGAGCCGCCCAAGCCCCAGCCCUCUGGAGGCUCGUCCGUGUCCAACAUGUACGAGCAAUCUCUUGGUUUCGAGAUGACUCGGUUGGAGGACGUGGACAAGCACAAGCCCCACGAACCCUUCACAGUGAUCUUUGGCCAGGGCUGGUUCAAGGCUUUCGUCAUCCUGAACUUGUUCCUCGGCUCGACAAUCGUCGCUCUGGUCGAGAUAUUCUGGCUCAACAGCAUCAAGCGUCCCCUCGCCGUUGGUGCGCAUACCUUGGGCGUCAUCUUCUUCGCGGGCCUGUACCUCGGUUGGGCAGCCAUCGGCAAGAUCGAGACCGGUGCCGAUGCCUUCUACUGGCUCGACGAGAAGCUGAUCGGAUCGCGUGAGGCCGUUGUCGCUGCGUCGAUUGGAUUCGUCAUCCUUGCUCCCAUCAUGUACGCUUUCAUGUACGGUCUCAUUGGCAUGAGGGAGAACAUUGCCCGGGCUGCCCACACAAGACGGGUAGCCGCCGCUGCCGUGGCAGCGGGCCACUGA